AUGUCUAACAGUAGUGUCCUGCCAACGUCCCUGUAUGAAGGUCUACUCGCCAAGCUUGUGAGGAUACUAGAGCUCACCCAGAAGCCCGAGGGUACAGCAACGCCUCAAGCAAAACAGGCACUCCUGCACGCAACGAAUGACUUUAAGAACUCGAUAGCGCAGGCAAAGGACCUGGCCGCUGAGCUGCCUGGAGGAGAACUGAGGAUCGAUGAGCAGGACGAGGUGAUUGAGAUGCUCACCCAGCUACGAGACAGGAAGAGCAGGCAACAGCUAGAACAAUUUUCCGCUCAAACCCUGGAGUUGUCGUCAUCGUCGGCAGAAAUGAGCAUGGAAGUCGACUCGAUGGCGUCGACACCCAGUUGA